UCCGCCCCGCUCCCGGGUGGUGGGCGGCCAUCUUAGGUGUGUGCAAUUAAGACCCGUGGCGGGAUUGGCUCUGCAUCUGGGCUCGUCCGCUGCUUCCCACCUACCAGAGCCCUUCCUUGCGGGGAGGGACCUCCUAACGGCCGACUCUUUUCCAGGUGAAGGGUAACCCCGGUAUGUUGGGACUUUGAACGAGCCUCCCUGCUCCCUCCCAUGGGACCCCGGGACAGGCCCUACGCCCUGGCUGAUCCGCCCUAGGCUGAAGAAACAGUUAAAUUCUGGGAAUAGCGACUCAGUAUGGCCAGCAGUCCUAAUGAAGAUUCAGAAGGAAGCAGAAUUACUUACGUGAAAGGAGACCUUUUUGCAUGCCCCAAAACAGACUCUUUAGCCCACUGUAUCAGUGAGGACUGUCGAAUGGGCGCUGGGAUAGCUGUCCUCUUCAAGAAGAAAUUUGGAGGGGUGCAGGAACUGUUAAAUCAGCAAAAGAAAUCUGGAGAAGUGGCUGUUCUGAAGAGAGAUGGGCGAUAUAUAUAUUACUUGAUUACGAAGAAAAGGGCUUCACACAAGCCAACUUAUGAAAACUUACAGAAGAGUUUAGAAGCCAUGAAGUCCCACUGUCUGAAGAAUGGAGUCACCGACCUGUCUAUGCCCAGGAUUGGAUGUGGACUUGAUCGUCUGCAAUGGGAACAUGUAUCUGCGAUGAUUGAGGAGGUGUUUGAGGCAACAGACAUCAAGAUUACUGUGUACACACUCUGAACAGAUAAGCAUGUUGGAUGUGUCCACAUUCUGUGUCAUCUGUGUGGGGCCAUACGACUGAGCGAACUGUCCUUAAAAUGGUUAGAGGAAAGUUUCAUGGGAAGUAGUCUAUGUCACAGGCCAGACUUGGGUUGAUUCCCAUGAUUGGACUGGGACUCUGGAGGAGGGGUUUCUUGGGAAAUGUUGCUGGUAAUUUUUUUUUU